GUGACCCUAGGUAUCACCGACGAGGCCGGCCAGGUCAACGAGGUCUUUGCUGCCAUCUCCAUCGGCAUCAUGGUCGACUGUGGCGCCCACAUCGUUCUCGUGGGCGAUCCCGGGCAGCUCCCGCCAACGGUGCAGUCCGGGUGCCACCCCGACGUCCUUAGCUUCUCCAGGUUCGCUUACUACGACGAGAAGAUCGAGUCAGGCCUCAUCGCACCACUACAAGACCGUCCCAUUGUCAACGGGCUUCCGUGGGUCAAGCACCGUCCACUGGACAACGGGCGACUGGAUCAUGUCGCCAAACAGCAAGGAAAAGACGUGGACGAAUUCAUGGGCGAGAUCUGCGACCUACGCGCCGAGGGGGCGAUGCCUGGAGACGUCUCCCGUGUGCUCAUGAUCGACAAUCCACGUGCGGACAGCGCCUCCGCUAUCAAGAGCGGCUGCGCCGACCUCCACGGCGCUGCCACAUGCCUUGAAGUUGUUCGCGCGCUUGGCCCCGCCAUGCUUAACUUUGAACCAACCGUCGAGGUGAUCGCCCCCAACGCGGCGCAGCGGACCGUGCCGUGCGGCGGGUGGCCGCAGGGCAAGAGUGGUUUCUGGAAGAACGCCGCGCUGGCUGAAUCGAAGCAGG